AUUAGCAGAUUACUAUAACAGCCAUUCACUAUGACUGUUCUCACCUACUUCCUGACAAGGAUUGACUUGCUAUUGUAUUUUACAUGUAUUGUAUUAUUUUUCUACUGGAUUAACAGAUCUAAGAAGAGCAAUGGAAAGAUGCCUCCAGGCCCUAAACCUCUUCCUAUUAUUGGGAACCUCAAUGUGGUGGACCUGAAAAAUCUACACGAGUCACUAAUGGAGCUCCAUGAGAAGUAUGGAGAUAUCUUUACUGUACACUUUGGACCCAAGGUGUGGGUGGUAAUAGCAGGAUACAGGGCUGUGAAGGAUGCCCUUGUCAACCAAGCUGAUGAUUUUGGAGAAAGAGCAAAUGCGCCACUGUUUAAACUAUUAAGUAAUGAAAAAGGUAUCGUGUUUAGUAAUGGAGAACAUUGGAAAGCCAUUAGGAGGUUCACACUCUCAACUCUUCGAGACUUUGGAAUGGGAAAGAAAACAAUAGAAGCCAGGAUACAAGAUGAAUUAAUUCCUCUUAUAGAAAAUUUCAAGUCACACAAUGAGAAACCAUUUGACACAGACCUCAUAAUGAAUUGUGCGGUGUCCAAUGUAAUCUGCUCUAUCAUCUUUGGAGAAAGGUUUGAAUAUAACGACUCAACAUUUAAAAAACUUGUCCACAUAAUAAAUGAGAAUGCUAAAUUAUCUGGUUCACCAAAGUUGAUGCUAUAUAACUUUUUUCCUAGAAUCUCAUCUUUUCUUGGAACACAGAAACAGAUUGUGAAGAAUUUUGAUGAUCUCAAAGAGUUUGUUUUAAAGCGCAUUAAACAGCAGAGACAAGUGUUUGAUACAAAUGCCAUUUCUGGAUAUAUAGAUGCAUACCUUCUGAAACAAGAACAGGAGUCAACCAAAGCUGAAACGUACUUUGAUGAUGAAGACAUGGUGUUCUCAGUUUUGGAUCUCUUUUCUGCUGGGACAGAAACAACAGCUACAACACUACGCUGGGGCAUUUUAUUGAUGAUGAAGUAUCCAGAAAUACAAAAAAAGAUACAAGAAGAAAUACGGACACAUAUUAAACAAGGUCAGAUGCCUACAGUGGAUGAUCGCAGGAAUAUGCCUUAUACUGAAGCCGUAGUACAUGAAAUUCAGAGAUUCGCUAAUAUCAUUCCUUUGAAUGUGCCACACACAACUCCAAAUGAUGUGUAUUUCCGAGGUUACUGCAUCCCAAAGGGUACAGAUGUCAUUCCUUUACUCACAUCUGUUUUGUAUGACAAGACUCAGUGGGAAACUCCUUGUGAGUUUAAUCCGAAUCACUUUUUGGAUGCUAAUGGAAAAUUUGUAAAACGAGAUGCAUUUAUGCCCUUUUCUGCAGGAAGAAGAGCUUGUGUUGGAGAAAGUUUAGCCAAAAUGGAACUUUUCCUGUUUUUUACUGGUCUUCUGCAAACCUUCACGUUCUACCCACCUCCAGGAGUCUCCAGAGAGGAUAUAAGUCUCAAGUCUGACGCUGGAUUCAUUUUACGCCCUUUACCACACUUAGUAUGUGCAAAACCCAACUACUAGUCAAGAUCCACAAGUAACAACAAGAGGUGUUCAAUCCUUCAGAAGAAUGGAUGAAUGUUUUCCCCAAAGGAAACGUAGUCAUUUCAGUGUUUGUUUUUAAAUAAACAUGUAGAUCAUCUUGGCGCGAA